AAAUUCUCUUCGUUAAUUUUCGUAACUUCCCGAACACGGCCGAACUUUCGGGUACAAAAUGGCUUACGUCUGACCUCACACGCACGGCUUAUUGCGUGUUAUUUUAUGAAAAUAAUAUUGUACAGCGAAUUGAAACGAGAUGCCAGUGCCACAAGGAAAUUAUAGACAAGGCCCCAGUUGCUGGGACAGGAUCAAACUUGGCUUUAUGAUGGGCUUCAGUGUUGGUCUAGCGACAGGUGUACUUUUUGGUGGAUUUCAGGCUUUAAGGUUUGGAGCUCGUGGGCGUGAACUUAUUCAAACAGUAGGAAAGUCAAGUUUACAGGGUGCUGGAACAUUCGGAACUUUCAUGGCGAUUGGCUCAGGAAUACGAUGCUAACAUUGUGCUUGCACCGAUUGUAAUAAAAGUUGACAUUAAAUUAAACACUGUUGAGAACAGAACAAUAUGAAAAACAGACAAGCUUUCAGUGUUUUACUUCUUCAGGAAAACUAAAGUUAGUUUUUGGUUACAGUGAAUAUGGCUAGUGUUGUAGCUGCAAAGCAGAUUUGUAGAAUAUCUUGGGGAAAGACUACAAUGUCAUUGCAGAAAGAUGUUUGACAUAUUUGUAUUUUAUCAAAUGCUUCAUUCUGUUGUUUAAACACCUUUACUGCAACUGUUUUUCUUUAUCACUGUAUGAUCAAUGUUUUCAUUUUAAGUAAUGAGCAAGUUUACAUUUCAUUAAAAACUGAUACCAAAAAAUCAUGUGACUUUACACAAUAACAAAACCUUCCUUGUACUGCUUUUGAAAUUUUACUUUUUUACUAUAACAAUUAUAAUUUUUCUUCACUGUAACAAUGAUUUUAAAACUGACCUGGAGAAAAAAUAUCCUUUAGUUUAUAUAUGAAAUGAAUUUCUACAGUUGAACUUCAAAGUGCACUGAAAAUUGUUCACCAUACUGUAUACUUCAUGUGAUAGAAAAUGUUUAUUAAAGGUCAUUUGUUAUAUUAUGUUCCUAAUGUAUGAUGCAAUCAUGAUGAUAAAAUGUAACAAAACA